UUGAGUGUUGGUGUUGUGUUGUCUCACACUGUUUCUCAUGUUUCUCUUGCUCUCAUUUAUUCCAUCAUUGACUGGAUGAACGUCAUUAGAAUGGCGGCGCAAUUUGACGAAGAAAACGACUGCUUGGAGCCGCACCAACUGUCCAGACGACUUUUUUUGACUUUCUAGAGCUUUUCGCGUCGUCCGAAUUAGAAGGACUUCUUUCGGGGUGUUGUUGCUGAAUGCAGUCGUCAGUACCUGUUCAACGACAAGAUGAUAAACGACAGUCUUCAGUUUCACGUCAGGAAGGAAAAGAAGCAAGUCAGCAAUUACAGCAAAGAGAGACAAGGGCAAGACUAGACCAAAAAAUUGCUGAGAAUGAACAGUUAGCAGCUGACAAGGAACAGCUAGCAGCUGACAAGGAACAGCUAGCAGCUGACAACAAACAGCUAGCAGCUGACAAGGAACAGUUAGCAGCUGAGAAUGAACAGCUAGCAGCUGACAAAGAACAGCUAGCAGCUGAGAAUGAACAGCUAGCAGCUGAUAAGGAACAGCUAGCAGCUGAGAAAAGGCAGCUCAGUCAGGAGGUACGUCGUGUUCAAGCACAACGUGAGUGUGCUCAAGAGGCUUUCCAAGAGAAGGAGAAACAGCUCAAUCAAUAUUGGAAUGCCCUGGAAAUUCAGGCAAAUAAAUUGCAACUCGAUGGCAAGAAAUUGGGAGAAGGAUCAUAUGGAGUUGUUCAAGUUGGUCACUGGUGUGAUGUCCCCGUUGCUGUCAAAACGUUUCACGAGAAGCUGAGGCUUCCUCAACUGGCACCAGUUUUCAAGAGAGAACUGACCGUCUGCAGUCAGUUGCAUCAUCCCAACCUCGUCCCUAUCUAUGGUGGUGUGAUGAAGAAGGGAAUUCCCAUCCAAAUUGUGAUGGAGCUUCUUCAAGGCUCACUUAGCGAUCUAAUGAAGGCAGCACAUGCUUCAAAGAGUUUCUGUUGCUAUCUGUCAUUCCGAGAGCAGAUCGAGGUAGCUACAGAUACUACUGCUGCCAUUACGUAUAUGCAUCGCCUGCGUCCUCAGCCUUAUGUUCAUUGUGAUAUCCGUACUACCAAUGUGAUGAUCACUCGUGAUAUGGUAGCCAAAGUGGGUGAUCUCGGUGCAAGUCACAUGAUCAACAGCAGCACGUCUCUAGGUGCUCUGAGUCCUGAAUAUUGUGCACCUGAGAAAUUUCCUCGCAGUGAUGGUAGCUCAGCUCGCAGCACACGAGAGUCUGAUGUUUACAGUCUGGGUGUGACCCUGACUGAGUUGUUUACGGGUCUGUCACCAAUUCGUACAGAAAGGCGAAGUCAAAUACAAAAGAUUAAGAAUCCUGAUCUGUUGGAUAUGUGCUUGCAAAUGACACGUGAUAGACGUGCUGAACGACCAACUGCUGAGAUGGCUUUCACUAUUUUGAUCACACAAAAGUCAACAGAUUCAUACAAAUCAACUCCAGGAAGGAGGACAGUUAGAGGAAAUUUGGAAGGUGAGAGCAUGAAUCUCAUUGAUGUCAUGCACAUCUAACUUGAAAAAAUGGAAGCAACUUCACAAUUGGACUGCUAGCUGCUCUCACAAGCAUUACCAGCUAUAGGGAGCAUUACUAGGGAGCUUUAGUAGAGCAAAGGAGGGAAGGAAUGACAUAUGUGGGUUAUUGUUGUUAUCUCUACAUAACUGUCUGCUUUUAGUCAUUGGUUUUUAUGUGUAGUUGUUGUAAGCAGGAAUUGCUAUUUUAGCUCAGUAUAGGAUGGACAGCAAAUGUCACAAUUGAUUGCAAUUUUUACAGCCACUAAUGACUGCUGAGUAAAACAAACUUUGAACUUGCUAAAAGUCAA